UGGCUUUUAAGGCAUCAUGUGGGCAACCGGCCAUCAAUUUGCGUUGAGGAUCCAACCAAGACAGCAGUGAAAAGUCGGUCUCUGUCCAUUGAACCCCCGAGCAUUCUCAUCGCGUCGCCCAUGGAAACUCUCGGCUCUCCUGCUGCUGCUGCUGCUAUCGUCUCCUCUUCUUUCUCCUUCUUCUCUCCUAAACGAAAAGAUUCUCGGGCAAGAAUCAUCCGCUUUCCCAUCCCUUCCAAAAAGAACAAUAAUGAUUCCGAUCUCCAAUCUGAUCCUAACAACGCAAGCAUCGUCCCUCUCUUCGGCAAUCAAACUCUCUCCAAGGAUGCAGCUAUGGGGUUGGUUCUGAGCGCGGCGUCUUUAAGAGGUUGGACUACAGGGUCGGGCAUGGAAGGUCCAUCUGUGCCCGCUGGAACCGAGGACCAAUCCAAUACAGAGAAAGUCUCCACCUUUCCAUGGUCUCUCUUCACCAAGUCGCCCCGUAGACGGAUGCGGGUGGCCUUCACUUGCAAUGUUUGCGGCCAACGAACCACUCGUGCCAUCAAUCCCCACGCUUACACCGACGGCACGGUAUUCGUUCAGUGUUGUGGAUGCAAUGUUUUUCACAAGCUGGUGGAUAAUUUGAAUCUGUUUCAUGAGAUGAAAUGCUAUGUGAACCCCAGCUUCAAUUAUAAAAGGGAUCGCCAAUGGGACGUUGGAUUCAAGUUUUUCGAUGAGGAAGAUGAUGAUGGUAAUGGCAAUGUGUUUCCUAUAUGAAGUGAUCGAUUGAUGGUCUCAUACAGUGUACAUUUCUUUGCUUAUAUUGAGAUACUGAUUUGAAUCAUGUUUGUAUAUAGCUUUACAUGUCUUAGCGUAAUUAAUAAGUUGUAGGGUUCUUUUCAGCUAAACAUUGUAAUUCUCACAUUGAUUACUGGGUAUUUAUAAUGAAAAACAUGGAAACAAUGCUUAGCAUAAUAAUGAUAGUAUUGAAUGUUCUUCAGCUCAGUGUUGUUCUGUUGAGGGAUAUUAAUCAAUGCACUUUUAUGCCU